GAACGAGCAACAGUGUAACGGGGAAGUAGACUGAAAUGGCAUUUUGACUUUGGUUCAUAACCUCCAUUUUAAGGACUGGCUUCAAGUCUUGCCUUUGGUCCAUGAUAGCUGUGUGAUUGUAGAAGCUGGUUCCCCAGCAGAUCUUCAGAAACUACAAAGUACAGAUGAAUUGCUGAUCUGUGUUGGCGAAGUGAGGUUCUAUACUAUAUAGCACUCAAGCUCAUAUUUCAAAGAGAAGAAUUUACAUCACAUUUGGUUACCAUUCACUUCUUCAUUGCAGAUCCCUGCCUGUCUUGAGCACAAAGACCACGGAAGAGAGACUCUCACAUCCUUUAGUGAGAAGAAAGGAAUCAGCAGAGCAUAUUUAAACGGACUUGUGCCUGGUGGCCCUUUGCACACAAGCCUGCCUUUAAAGGAAGGGAGGAGAGAAACACAGUAGCAUUUAAUGAACUCUGUGAGAUGAGGCACUGCUAACGCCAGAUUCCAAAGAUUCAUCCACUAUUCCUUGUGCUUAAUGUAUAUGUUUCUACAAAGUCCGUUCAGAAGAGCCCAGAAAAGAAUCCAAAACGGCUGCGGGGGAAAGACCACCCAACAUGCCUACAGAGACACUACAGACAGGUAGCAUGGUGAAACCUGUCAGUCCGGCUGUUACGUUCACAUCGGCCGUUCCACUCCGCAUCUUGAACAAAGGACCAGACUAUUUCCGCAGGCAAGCAGAGCCUAAUCCCAAAAGACUGAGUGCGGUGGAAAGAUUAGAAGCUGAUAAGGCAAAAUAUGUCAAGAGCCAAGAGGUCAUCAAUGCCAAACAGGAGCCUGUGAAACCAGCUGUGCUUGCGAAGCCACCUGUCUGCCCUGCUGCAAAGCGAGCCUUGGGCAGCCCUACCCUGAAAGUGUUUAACAACAGUGCAAAGACUGAGAGUGGUGUGCAAAGGGAGAACUUAAAACUUGAGAUACUGAAAAACAUUAUUAAUAGUUCUGAAGGCUCCAGCUCAGGUUCAGGUCACAAACACAGUGCCAGAAACUGGCCACCCCACAGGUCGGAUUCCACGGAACUAAACCGACACUCGUUUGCAGAAUCCCUAAAGGUUUACCCCACCCAAGGCCGCAGCAGCCCCCAGGAGAGCAACUCAAAUGUUAGCAGAAGGCUGCUUGAACACUCAGCAGAGUCCUUCCUGCAUGUUUCCCAUAGCUCCUCGGACAUUCGGAAAGUGAGUAGCGUGAAACCUUUAAAAGCAAUACCUUGCAGUAGUUCAGCACCACCGCUGCCCCCCAAACCCAAGGUCGCUGCCAUUGCCACAAUGAAAUCUCCCGAAAUUGACACAGUAGAGUCCAGUUGUGGCGUCAGCCGGAGACCUUCCCUGCAACGGUCCAAAUCAGACUUAAGUGACAGAUACUUUCGUGUGGAUGCAGAUGUGGAGAGAUUCUUUAACUACUGUGGCUUGGAUCCCGAAGAGCUUGAAAACCUUGGGAUGGAAAACUUUGCAAGGGCUAACUCCGAUAUAAUAUCCCUCAACUUUCGCAGUGCAAGCAUGAUCAGCUCAGACUGUGAACAGUCUCAGGACAGCAACAGCGACCUUAGAAAUGACGACAGUGCCAAUGACCGUGUGCCAUAUGGCAUUUCUGCAAUCGAGAGAAAUGCCCGAAUCAUCAAGUGGUUGUAUAGCAUCAAGCAAGCAAGAGAGUCACAGAAAGUAUCUCAUGUGUGAGAGAAGGGGGGAGGCACACUCCCCGUAGUAAGAUGAGGAAGGUCCAUAUCUUUGUCUGUGAAUAGUCAGUUGUGAAGGGUUGUGAAGUCUACUUGAAGUUUCGUAAACUUCUCCAAUCUCUUUGUGUUGCCUGUUGUGCAAUGUUUUCAAGUUGCAUGCCUGUCAACAUGUGAACUGAUCUGGCUUCCACUUGAACAAUAACCGCAGAGCCUGGCUGAGCAUACAUGUUAUCUGCCAAAAGUUUAAGACUAGAAUCUAGUUAGGGCUUCAUUCUCUAAUCAGAACUGUUUACAUGAAAAUGGAAUAAUGACUUCUUCAAUAUUUAUGUAGUUGUGUUUUUAUAGCCCACCUUUAUGUGUCUUAAUUAAAAUUUGUCAACCUUCAUUACUGGCUUUUGAGUUGGGAAUGUAAUUUUUUUAAGUAAUUAUUUUUUUAAAUAAUGCCCACUUAGCCUACAAGUUAAAGAGUAAGAAUGGGGGGGGAAAGUGGAUUUCAUCUCAAAAAUGAUGGCAUUGGCCUAAGCAAAGUUGAAGAGAUCUAAGUUUCUAGAGGAAUAGAAUGGGAAAUAAAAUACUUAUCACUUUCUGCCUGAAAUUUUCAUGCAACAUCCUGAAGCUGUAGUCUGGAGACACAAACUAUUAAGCAUUUCUUUUAAGUGAAAUAAUUUAGCCAAACCUUGAAUUUGAGUCGGUAUAGAAAUACCUCUGGGUCUACGUAGCCUGAUCCCAAGGAAAAAUAGGAGGUGGUGGUGUGAGUGAUAUUUGAUGUGAGGAAGCAGAGGGUUGGAGCGAUGUUUUGUGGAUCAUUCAAAGAUUCCCAGUCUUAAACUUUUGACAGGAAUGACUGGACCCUAAAGCUGAUACUAAAUGCCUUGUUUUUCUCCCUUUUGAAAAAUUAUCAAAUACAUUCUUCCAAGUUUUCUUUUUUUUCUUUUUUUCUUUUU